AUGCUUGAUCCUUACAACUACCCAUCUCUAAAUAGAAAAGACUGCAUGUAUUUAUAAACAAUAAAACCUAAUCCAGAAUAUUCAACCAAAUUAAAUCCCGAAAACACAACCAGAGAUAAUAAUUUAAAUACCUAAGAUAUAAAAGGUGCCUAAUCAAAAUAUAAAAUAUUAGAUUUGAAUAAACCCAACCAUUAAUUCGACAUAACAGACAUAAAAUGUUCCUAAUCAAAAAAAUUAAUUCAAUUCAAACCUGAGUUUAAUAAAUAGAGCUUUGUAUUAUACAAAGAAGACAUUAAAGGUACAUCUCCGAACAUAAAUAAAUUUUAUACAAAAAGAUAACCAUAAAAUCCAUUAAUGCCAGUAUAUAAUUUAUAAUCAUAUUCGCCUAUAACUGUUGAAGUUCCUAAAUUUAUAAGAGAUUCAUUAUAUAUAGAUGAUAUAGAUGGUACAAGAAAAAAAAAAAAUCAUUUAAAAGCUUUUGAUGUAAAAUUACCAUAAAUUAUAGGAGCAUAACCAAAAAAAAUAUUUAUACCUAAAGAUAACAGAAGUUCUUUAAAUGUCCAAGAUAUAAAUUAAAAUCAACAAAAAACUAUAUUUAAAUCUUAAAGGCAUAUAGAUCCUCUUUAGCCUAUUUAUUUAUGGAAAAUUGAUCGAGAUUAAAAACCAGAAGAUUACGGUCAAAUAGAAAGAAAUUAAUCAAAAAAAUUACAUUAAUAAAUAUAAAGAUCAUACGAUCCUAAUACAUCUUAAGAUAUUUUAGGCGCAAAGGCAUCUUCUUUAUUUAAAACUAUACCCAAAAAUAAUAAUUAUGCAUACUCUAAUGCUGAUAUAGAAGGAUCUGCAACUAAUACAAAAUAAAAUGGAAUCAAAACAUAAAGAAAUAUUAAUCCACUAGAUCCAAAAUAUUAAUUUUUAGGAAGAACAGAAUGCAAUAAUGUAUUUGGAGGAUAUUAGAAUAAUUUGCAAAAAACGUAAUUAAUUUAAAUGUUUAUAUGA